GUUCAGUCUCUCUCUCUCUUCAAAGCCUCUUAAGCUGACCAAAGACCAUUCCUCUGUCUAAAUUGCAGCCAUUUCCUUGCAUAAGAAGAUUUAAACUUUCUUAUCUGAACAUUUAAAAGUCUUUUUCUAUUUUUAUUUCUUUUAUACUUUGUUCUGUGAAGAGUUCUAGAUCUUUGCAUUCACUGGUUCCAUUUCCGAGGCUGGUUUCUUGCUAGCACCAUCUCAUGGCAGGUCGCUUCGACAGUAACCCCUUCGCUGAAGAAGAAGAAGUCAAUCCCUUCUCCGUAAAUCCAGCUGUAUGGGGAAAAACAUCUUGCAAGUCAAAAGAUAGUGGGGGUGGCUUUUUCACUACGAAUCCUGGAAGAUUUGCCCCUGCCACAAAUUCAAGGCUUGCACCUCUUAAUCCUGAACCCGCUGAUUAUAAUUAUGGCUUUGGUGCGACAGUUGAUAUACCUCUUGAUGCAUCAACGGAUUUGAAAAAGAAGGAAAAGGAACUCCAAGCCAAGGAGGCUGAAUUGAAAAGACGGGAAAAGGAUGUCAGACGCAAAGAAGAAGCUGCUGCACGAGCUGGAAUUGUUCUUGAGGAGAAGAAUUGGCCACCAUUUUUCCCAAUUAUCCAUCAUGAUAUUGCUAAUGAAAUUCCAAUUCAUCUCCAAAGAAUGCAAUACGUUGCAUUUACUUCUUUAUUAGGAUUAGCAUUGUGCCUUACAUGGAAUAUUUUAGCUGUCACUGCAGCUUGGAUUAAGGGAGAAGGUGUAAAAAUAUGGUUUCUUUCUAUUAUCUACUUCAUAGCAGGGGUUCCUGGAGCAUAUGUCCUGUGGUAUCGUCCAUUAUACAACGCUUGUAGGACUGAUAGUGCUUUUAAGUUUGGAUGGUUUUUCCUGUUUUACCUGCUUCAUCUAGGAUUCUGUAUCUUAGCUGCAGUUGCUCCUCCUAUAGUUUUCAAAGGAAAAUCCCUGACAGGCAUUCUGUCCGCCAUAGAUGUGAUUGGUGACACUACUAUAGUUGGAAUUUUCUACUUCAUUGGAUUCGGUUUAUUCUGCAUUGAAACAUUGAUCAGCGUCUGGGUUAUUCAGCAAGUAUAUAUGUACUUCCGUGGCAGUGGUAAGGCUGCUGAGAUGCAACGGGAAGCUGCAAGAGGAGCAUUGAGGGCUGCAAUAUGAUCUAUCACCUUAUGAAGGCAGUAUGGAUUGGAUGCCUUGUGUUUGGAUUGAUGGUGUAAAUUACUAGCCACAGAAAUUGAGGAUAAAUUUUUUUAAUGAGGUGAUUCUUGUUUUUAACUGUUUCUCUUUUGUUUAACGUGCUACCUGUUCAUGUGGUUUGUUAGUGUAUAUUAUAAGCAGAAAGCUUAGACAUACAGUGAGUGGCUGGUAGAAAGUGAUACAAUUUAUUGAGUUGAUCCUCUAUAUAUAUA